UCGAUAGCUGACAAUAGCACAAGUAAACAUUCCGCGAAUUUGAAAUGUUAGUUUAUGCUGCAGUUUAAUAUAAACGGGGGAAAAUGAGCUCGAAUUGUACAAAGAAAGUUGUAUAUAUUGACAGUAAGCAACUGAGAAAGGAAUGUGAUAGAAUUCCCCAAGUCAACGGAAGGGCAACGUUAGUCCAUGAACUGAUUGUAGCCUGUGGUUUGUUAAAUCAUCUCACCCCAGUUCCAAGCCGGCUGGCAACAGAAGAAGAGAUAAGUUCAUUUCACUCUAGGUUGUAUAUUGAUUUCUUACAACAAGUUAAUGAAAGUGAUGACCUGGAGGCCCAUGAAGAUGAGCAGGAAGAAUUUGGUCUAGGUUACGAUACUCCCCUGCUGUCAAGGAUGUACGACCAUGUCCGGGUGAUCGGAGGUGGAUCGGUGGUGGCGGCUGAGGCGUUAACAAGUUCUGGUGUGGAAGUAGCCAUCAACUGGUGUGGAGGGUGGCACCACGCUCAGAGAGAUGGAGCAGAAGGGUUCUGUUAUGUGAAUGACAUUGCCAUGGCUAUCCUGAAGAUGUGCAAAAAAUUUCAAAGGAUCCUAUAUGUUGACAUGGACCUUCAUCAUGGUGACGGCGUGCAGAACGCGUUUGCCUCUACAUCCAGGGUGAUGACGCUCUCGCUGCACCACCAUGGGCCUGGCAUAUACCCUUGCAGUGGGGACAUUACUGAUAUUGGCAUUUCAAAUGGCCGCUACUAUGCAGUGAAUGUUCCUCUGCGUGAAGGUGUAUCCGACAGCACUUACUGUGAUGUUUUUCAGAAGGUGACAGAGAAGGUGUUUGACACCUACCAGCCGGAUGCGCUAGUUGUCCAGUGUGGUGCAGACGGCCUGCACGGUGACCCCGUGGGCUGUGCCUUCAACCUCACGUCUGAGGCCUACACUACCUGCGCCAGCCUGCUGCUCUCCCGAGGGCUGCCGACACUCUUCCUCGGUGGAGGUGGCUACAACCUGCCGAACACAGCUCGCUGCUGGGCGGCGCUGACAGCUGCCAUUGCUGGCUGCAAACUACCAGCUGAAGUUCCGGAACACGACUUCCUAGGCGAGUAUGGACCAUAUUUUGAAUUCGGUAUACAGCCUUCUUUACGGAAGGACUAUAAUACAAAGGAGUACAUUGACAGCAUCGUACAGCAAAUAACAGAAAAUCUGAAGCACGUGGAACUGAAAGAGAAGAGUCAGAGCAGUGAGAAAAGAUAAAAGUCUCUCCAAAUUGCUGGGGGUGUGGCAAAAAGUGUAAUGCAGAAUGCUGUUUUGGCCAGUUUUGUGAAGGAGCAGCUGAAGACAAACUUAUUAUCUAGAGUACUUGGUGAUGAAAAUGUGCAUAAAGAAGAAAUUGUUGUGAUUUUGUAAAGUAGUAACUUCUUUUGCUUGUAGCAAAUGUAUCAUUGUAUAAGACUUUUGUAAAAGUUAUCUUGUUGUUAUAUGUUUUUGUUAGUUACCGCAACACAACUUUUAAUCUCAUUGGUGUAACAUUUCAAUAACAGUCUUGUAGUAUUUAACAAUAUGCUUUAUGUAUGUUAAAUACAUCUGCUGUGGUAAUGUGUUGUACUGUGAAAGCUGUAAAUCUGAGACCCCUCCUGUUACAUGGAACACAGUGCAUCCACGUGUGUUAGUGUUGUUGUAUCAGAAGUUAUGCAGGAUGUAGAUUUGCAUGAUCUAUCUAAAUUUCCAUUCCUAGCUUGAACCCCACCUUUCAGUAAUUUCCAUUGAUACUCGUGUCACAAAGCAAAACAGUGAGGAUUAUAAUGAAUGGUAGCAGAAUACACGGUAUUAAUAAAAUACGAAAGGGGGAAUGAAAUGGCAUUGGUUUAAAAGAAGCUAAUGUGAAAGAAAAUGUAUUUUGUAGCAGAUUUGUGACAGUGUUUGAGAAACAUAUUGAUCAUAAUGUUUCACAGGGAUUUUGUUGCACACCAUGGCAUUAUUCCCUUACAUAAGCGAAUAAUGAUUAUUAAGGUGGCCUAAGAAUUCGGUCGACGAAAUACUGAUACGAGACAGGAGUAAAUUAAGUAAUGAAACAGGGAGUUAAGGCAGUGAACCUACGUGAUAUUAAUGUACGUUUAGCACACAUUUGAAUUACACUGUUUGCUAUAUAUACAGGAAAUUACUUUGCUGUGACGAUGGUCCUACACUUACUACACACAAUGGUACAGACGGAAUGUAAAAUAAUUCUAGCAGAGCAGUUGCAGGCAAAUAAACAGUUUGUUAUAUCACAGUCAGUGUAAGUUGCACUACAUUCACAGUUCAGAUUAUCAGCUCACAAGCUGAAAACUAUACACAGUGGUAGAUAGUAUCUGAAAUAGUUCAAGUAGUGCAGUUGCAGACAGAUAAACAGUUCAUUAUAUCACAGUUGCGCUCCAUUCACAGUUCAAAUUCUCAACUCACAAGCUGAUACACGCAAGACUAACUUGCAAAUAAUACUAUAAGCUACAGUAAUGUCCCUCCCUCUGAAGUCAAACAUGUGCACCAUACAGGCCGUUUGGCCCAGCUUACCUGAACGGCUCACACCAUCAAAAGACCAAGAUUUCUGUACUGUGUGCUCUGUCCUGGGUUUUGUCACAUCACAUGCUACUCUAGUCAAAUUAAUAAUUUAAUUGUAUGAAUAUAAUAGAAAGAAACAUUCCACGUGGGAAAAAUUUAUUAAAAAACAAAGAUGCUGUGACUUACCAAACGAGAAAGUGCUGGUAGAUAGACACAAUAAAAAACACACUAACACACACACAAAUUUCAAGCUUUCGCAACCCGCGGUUGCUUCAUCAGGAAAGAGGGAAGGAGAGGGAAAGACGAAAGGAUGUGGGUUUUAAGGGAGAGGGUAAGGAGUCAUUCCAAUCCCGGGAGCGGAAAGACUU